AUGGUUGCUUUAAAUACUAAUCGUACAGAGAAAUUAAUGAAACCCUAUUCCAUACAAGAAAAGCGAUAUUUAAAAGCCGAAGCGGGAUUCGACGAAGACACUUAUUUAAACUUCGAUGAAUUGGCGAACAAGUAUGACUAUUCGUCCGAAGAGCAUUCUGUGGUUACUGAAGAUGGAUACAUACUUAAAAUAUUCAGAAUAAUACCCAAAUGCGAAACCAAUGGCAGAUACCCAGUGUUGUUGAUGCACGGAAUCCUAGACAGUUCGGACGCGUGGAUACUGGCCGGUACCGAGCUGGGUAUAGGGUUCAUUUUGGCGCGCAACUGCUACGAUGUAUGGGCGGCGAAUCACAGAGGCAACAGCUAUUCAAGGCGUCACGUACGUCUUGAUCCCAAUUUCGAUCCUGAAUUCUGGGACUACACGUUCGACGAACACGGAAACUAUGACCUACCAGCGAUCAUUGACCACAUUCUGCAAAACACCACACAGCCAAAACUGAACUACGUAGCCCACUCGCAAGGUACAACCGAUUUUUUCGUUCUAAAUUCCCUGAGGCCGGAGUAUAACGAUAAAAUUUCCUUGGCAAUACAAUUAGCUCCUGUUGCGUGGAUGAAACACAUAAAAAGCCCUAUUUCAGUCGUAGUUGCUGAACGGACAACCCUAUUGAAAAGACUGUUGGACGCGAUAGGGCUUCGGGAGUUAUUCGCUAAGAACCAUCUCAUACAUUUUGUAACAGAAAUUUUGUGUCAAGUUGCUCCUGAGCCUAUUUGUGGACAAGUACUAUCUCUCACAGUGGGUUAUAAACAAGGAAGUGUCAAUGCAAGAACAUUGUCGGUCGCUUUCGGGCAUUUGUUGAACGGUAUAUCGAGCAAAGAUGCAGCUCAUUUCGGUCAAUUAGUGACGUCAGGCCAUUUCCAGAGAUACGAUGAAGGAAAAGAAGGGAAUAUCAGAAGAUACGGUAGAUCUAAACCGCCAAAGUACAACGUUACAUUAGUAACUGCUCCAGUGGUACUAUUCACUGCGAAGAACGAUUGGGUAUCAUCGCAAAAGGAUGUCGGUAUACUGAUGUCAAAAUUACCGAAUGUAGUAGAAAAUUACGUCAUACCAUUGUCGUAUUGGAGUCAUCAUAACUACCUGUGGGACCCUCAGGCCGCUGUGUACGUGUUCCCUAAAAUACUGGACUACUUGAACAAAUUCAAUCCAAUAACUUAA